AUGUCAUGCUACAGUAUCUCAGCAAUAAUAAAUGUAAGUCAGGCUAGGUGUAAAAGAUAUGAGCGUUUGCUAAUCGGGCAUGGUAUAGUUAAAAGAUAUGAGGUUUUGGGACUAAAUGAUGAUCAAGCUCUUCAUCUCUUUAGUUUGAAAGCCUUCAAAACAGAUCAGCCAGAAGAAGAUUAUGUGGAGCUGUGUAAGUGUUUCGUUAAUUAUGCUAGAGGUCAUCCCUUAGCUCUUUUGGUCCUGGGAUCAUCUUUGUAUAAAAGAGAGAGAGAUGCCUGGACUAGUGCGCUGGAUAAGCUAAAGAAAGCUCCUAACGCAGAAAUUUUUGAAACUCUGAAAAUAAGUUAUGAUGGCCUUGAUAAGAUUGAGAAGAGAGUUUUUCUUGAUGUUGCAUGUUUCCAUAUUGGGAAUGACAAGGAACGAGUAACUGAAAUACUAGAAAAUUGUGGCUUAAGUGGUCGCAUUGUGAUAGAUGUUCUCAUUGAGAAAUCUCUUUUAAGUAUUUUGGAUGGGUAUGUGAUGAUGCAUGAUUUGACACAAGAAAUGGGAUGGGAAAUUGUUCGACGAGAAGAGCCCGGUAGUAGGUUGUGGCUUCAUAAGGACAUAUUUGACGUAUUCAUGAACAAUACGGGAACAGAAGCAAUUGAAGGCAUUGUCUUACGCUUGCCUGAAUUAGAACAAGUUCAGUGGAAUCCUGAAAGCUUCACUAAGAUAAGUAAACUAAAGUUUCUCCAACUCCAUAAUUUGAACCUCUCUGUUGGCCCCGAAUAUCUUUCGAAUGCAUUGAGAGUGCUUGAUUGGAGUUGGUAUCCUUCAAAAUCCCUCCCACCAACUUUUCAACCUGAUGAACUUUCUGAACUUAGUCUGCAUCAUAGCAAAAUUGAUCGGCUUUGGAGUGGAAUAAAGUACAUGUCCUGCUUGAAAUAUAUCGAUCUUAGUUACUCUCAAAACUUGAUCGCGACCCCAGAUUUUACAGGUGUUCGAAAUCUUGAGCGUCUGGUGCUUGAAUCUUGUACGAAUUUAGAUGAGAUUCACAUAUCCCUUGCAGUUCUUAAAAGCCUUAAAGUUUUGAAUUUUAGAAACUGUAAUGGUAUUGAGAGUCUUCCAAGUGUGCUAGAAAUGGAAUCUCUUGAAGUUUUUAUUCUUUCUGGCUGCUCAAAACUGAAAAUGAUUCCUGAAUUCGGGGGAAACAUGAAAAAUUUAAGGAUUCUUUCUUUAGAUGGGACUGCUAUUCAGGAAAUACCUUCUUCGAUUGAUCAUCUGAUUGGGCUUAUUUCGUUGGAUCUCAAAGAUUGUAAAAGUCUGUUAUGUCUUCAUACUGCCAUUUGUAGUCUGAAGUCUCUUAAAAAUCUCAGCGUGUCUGGAUGCUCAAAACUUGACACAAUUCCGGAAAAUUGGGAGGAAAUGGAGUGCUUGGAGGAGCUUGAUUUGAGUGGAACUGCGAUAAGAGAGCCACCAUCAUCUCUCUUUCGUAUGAAGAGUCUCAAAGUACUAUCUCUACGUGGAUGUAAAGGGCCUCCGCCUAAAUCAUGGCAUUUGUUCCUCCAGUUUUCCUUAUUUUCAACCAAAAACCCUGACCGUAUGGGUUUGGUUUUGACUUCUUCAGAUUAUUUGUUUUCUUUGAGUAAACUAGAUCUAAGUGACUGCAAUCUUGUUGAAGGAGCAAUCCCAGAUGAUAUCGGUUGUUUGUCCUCUCUAGAGGACUUAAAUCUUCGGGGUAAUGAUUUCGUUAGCCUUCCUGCAAGCAUUAGGUGGCUUGAUAAUCUCAAGUUUUUGAACUUGGAGAGUUGCAAAAGUCUUCAAGAAUUACCAGACCUCCCAUCAAAUGAAGAAUUAACUGUAACAACUGACGACUGUACUUGCUUAAAUUUGUUGCCACAUCCACCAAAUAUAAGUAGAUUAAGGUGGUUUUUUUUAAGAGCAAUAAAUUGCUACAGAUUGAUUGGCAAUGAAGCGAAGAAUAACAUGAUAUUUUUGAUGUUACAUCGAUUCCUGCAGGGAACCCUUCCUUUCGUCGUCCACAGUUUCAAUAUUGUAGCUCCAGGAAGUGAAAUGCCAGAAUGGUUCGAUAAUCAAAGAGUGGGAGAUUCGUUAGUUGUAAUGGUGCAUGAUGAUGUACAUCCAACUAAAGGCAAGUUGAUGGGUUUUGUUUUAUGCGCUGUUUUUGGACCUCAAAACCCAGCUGCCCUUGAACUUGAUUGUGAAUGUCAUGCAUGCGGAAUUAAAUGUCUUUCGAUAGUAGACGGAUUGAUGAACACCUCUUUGCUUGUGAAUGGGGUUUAUUAUCAUAAAGCUGGCAAGGUUCAGUCAGAUCACCUUUGGUUACUCUAUCUUUCUUAUAAACGUGGUGAUCCUAAUAAUUAUUGGAAAGGUGACUUCGCUGAAUUUGAGUUUUCAUUCAAGACCUUUUGUUCGGGAACGGAAACCAACAAAUGUUUGAAGUUGAAGAAGUGUGGGGUGCGCAUGGUGUACGAACAAGAUGCAGAAGACCUCAACACCCUCUACAAUAGCAUUUCGCUUUACGAGCCUAUGGACGACCCUCAUUGUGCUCUCCCCAAAUCGGCAGACGUGCAAAGUGCCCUUAAUAUGAAGCAAACAACUGAACAUUUUGGUGGUGCAGGAUCAAGUGGAAGCUCAUCAGUCUCUGCUAAGGAAUCACUUAUCAAGAGCUUGAAAUACGACUAAUCGUCUUGUGCCAAUUUAAUCAUCCAGUUUCUCCAAAAGAAGUACUUUAUAAAGGUGUUCUGACGUGAAGCUCAUCCGACCGUCCAAUCAACCUCGAACAAACGCAACAAACAUCUUCCUUUGCCGUUGGAUUCCACAAACAGAAGCUGGAUCCUCCGCUGUGAACGGGAUUUUUCAUUCUGGAGAUUAGAUUAGGGUUUGUCAAAUUCGAAAUCGAAUUUCCUCCGGACUCAUAAUCUGCUGUCAGUUCCGAUGCUGGCGAAAGGAAGAAAAGCUUCAGGGCGAGGAGAGGGCGUGGCGGCGAACUUCGGACCGCUCGAAGAUGACGUCAUCAUCAAACACAGACUUCUUACUCGGACCACAACCACGAGAGGCGAACCGCCGUUGAAGAAGCUCCAGAAGAGUUGAUUGAGAUUAUUUGAGUUUGUGUGAAAAAAGGAAAAGAAAAGAUUAAUGGAGUUUAUAUUGCUAUUUCAUAUUUGCCUUACGGUUUUUUUGUAGAUGUGAAAGAAGUCUUUCUUUGUCAUGAAAUGAAUGAGUCUUGAGAUUUCUCAA